AUGAAAACCAAAGCAGAGCUUCAGCAACAUAAGAACAAACUUGCCAAUUCUUAUUCAGAACUCCUUGAAGAAUUUUGUGCGCCCGAAUUGCGACAUGUUGGCAACUACACCCUUGGCCGUAUCAUUGGCAAGGGCUCCUUUGGCAAAGUCUAUCUUGCCCGACAUACCUUGACGAACGGCACCAAAGUCGUGCUCAAAGCCUCCUCCAAAGACGAUCCGAACCUUGCUCGAGAAAUUCACCACCACCGUCAAUUCAUCCACCCACAUAUCGCACGCCUCUACGAGGUCGUAGUCACUGAAAAACAGGUAUGGCUGGCAUUAGAAUUCUGUCCAGGUGAUGAGCUGUAUCAUCACCUGGUCACUUGCGGACCACAGGGACUACCCGUUGAAAAGGUGCAAAAAAUAUUCACUCAGCUUGUAGGUGCGGUCAGCUACAUUCACAGCAAGUCGUGCGUGCAUCGAGAUCUGAAGCUGGAAAACGUGUUGCUGGAUAAGAACGAGAAUGUCAAGCUGGUUGAUUUUGGUUUCACAAGAGAAUAUGAAGGAAAAUCAAAUUAUUUGUCGACAUUUUGCGGCACAGUCUGUUAUGCUGCGCCAGAAAUGCUAAAGGGAGAGAAAUAUGCUGGAGAGAAGGUAGACGUUUGGUCGUUAGGGAUUGUCCUAUAUGCUUUGUUGACAGGCCAACUACCCUUCGACGAGGACGACGACCAGGCUACCAAGAUGAAGAUCUUGAAGGAGGAACCCAAUUAUCCAGCUGGCUUUCCUGAGCAGGCCAAAGCAUUGGUCUCGAAAUUGCUCAGCAAACGACCUCUGUAUAGACCGAUACUGGCUGAAGCUCUCAACGACCCUUUCUUAGCAGAACAUGCUCCAGCUCAACAAGCAGUACUUAAACUGACCCAGCCAGCUCCCUUUACAACAACCUUGGAAAAAGCAACCCUUGAACGCAUGAAAGCAGCAGGUGUAGAUAUUGACAAGGUCAUCGAAAACGUUCUCAGUCAGAGGUGCGAUGCGCUUGCUGGCUGGUGGGCUCUUCUUAUCGAAAAGGAAGGUCGCAAGGAGGCAAGAAGGGAGAAGAAGAGACGUGAAAAAGAGCUGGAGCUAAAGCUUCUUCGACGCCUUAGUGGGGCGUCUAGCAGAUUCGAAAGGAUAGCCCCAACACUCGAAGACGUUGCUGAGGAGAAUACACGAUUGGAUCCUCCUAGACCAAGAAGUGCGAGUCGUGGAAGGACAAACCGAAGAAGUACACCACAAAUUACGAUCGGUGACCUGCCCAGGUUACCAGAAGGGUCAGCAAUCGAAAGUCCUGGCACAAAAACUCCUCCGCCACCUAUCGAGAAGGAUUCUCGCGAGUCGAACAGUGGAAGUCGACCACCUAUUCCACCCAAAGAACGACAAAGAAGACGAAGCAGUAAUUUACAAAUUAUGACCACGAAUCCAGACUUACUAGGGCCACCGAACGGCAUUCGCAGGCACAAACUCAGCAGGAUGGGAGGACAGAACCAGAAUAGGAAGUUCUUUGCGGCAUUGAAGAACUGGAUCGUGGAGAAUACACGCCGAGCAGCUUCGCCUAUGAGACCUAAAAAAUCCAACAGUGCCUCGCCUGCUACAUCUCAACCAACCCCCAAAAAUGGUACAAAUGUCUCGAAUAUCAAUUCCCUACAAGGACAUUCUAGAGAAGUGUCAGGUACGAGCGCUGGGACGCGCCAUUCGUAUGGUGCAACUCUAACACCGUCUGCCUCGAAUUAUUCCGCCGGCUCUAACGGCCGACCACUUGCUCCUGGGCGACUUGACAUGCAACGAACGCGACAUCGAACUUCUCUCUCACCUUCCCCCAUCACUCCUCGAUCAAGCUAUAGGCGGUCGUCACAGGGCUUGCGAGGCCGUAAGUCAACCUCAAGCUCGGUCAGUUCUGUUCGCAGUAUACGUUACACUCACUCGAAAGCUUCAUCAGUCUCAAGCGACAGCCACGAUACAAGUACCAUACAUUCACCUGCAUCUCGCUCGGUCGGUCGAAGUCCACAUCAGUCGUUAAAAUCCCUGCCCGCAGCACCUGGCGGUUCUGUAUUUGGUGGUUCAGGUAUGCGUAGCCGUUCCAGUAGUGCUGAAGAUAACGGGAUCGACCACAUAGGCAGCAGCGUCUUGUUUGCGCGAAGAAAGAGGAGCCCUUUCAAAGGACCUGCGCUGCAUCAAGCAUCACUCAACACUAACGGUACAGGCUUUGGACCUAGUGGCCCCGGCAGUCCAGCUAUAUUCGCUAGAGGCAGGGAAGCAAGCCCGAGCCACACGAACACGGGCCUACUUGAUGUACGGCCUCAAAGACCACGAGCAACACAGAGAAAGAGCAUGGUGAUUGCUGAGGAAGAAGAGGAAGAACCGCUGGAGGACGAUGAAGAGGCCGUGGAGGAAGUUGACGAAUUUUCGUCUAUCGACCUGGGAAGAGGAGAAAGGGUAGCCAGCAUAAUAUUCCUCGACGAUCCUGCCAUAGAUCUAGUCACCAACGAAGAAGACGGCAAAGAUCCCCCAAGCUCUUCCGAACCAGACAUGGUCCACAAAGAGGAGUCUAGCGAUAGCCUGCCACCAAACAACCCCCCUACGAUCAGCAACGGUGUCAACGCUAAUUCUAACCUCGAUCCUCUCAGCAUCAAACAAGGUCAAUGA